AUGGAUGCUCCAACCCAGCUAAUGGACGACGUUUCUACUAAUGAUUCCAUUGAAAGACUCAGCCAUUCCGGUGUGAAUGGAAAAAUACCAAUAACUAUAUCCACUACUGGGCUAGAACACUCGCAGCAACAGCCUUCAACGUCAUCCAACCACAUGCCUUCUUCUACUAGUACAGCAACUACUUUAUCAUCCUCAAUUCACUCUGCCGGAUCACUUCCUCUUAUCCACCUAUCCAAAAUGAUUGAUCCUUCACUUCCUGAAUACAAACAGAUUCAGACUUCCAGAGAAGAAAUUUUGAAGUUAUUGGACAUGACGAUUCCUGGAGAUGAUGUUGAAGUUGCUGCAACCACUCAUUCUUUAAAAACCACUCCAUCUCAUUCCAGCAUGCAUGAUCACUUGAACACGUCCAUACCGUCUGUUUCCGCAAUGCCUGAUGCCAUCAGUCAUGAUACAGACACUAGUUGCUCUCAGCCUACAUACAAGCAUCACUCCAUUGGUGGAUGUGUUCGUGUUCAUCAAGACAAUGAUGGUGAUUUGGAUAGCUUUAAUGACGAUAACAGAGAUGCUUGUGGUAAUGAUUAUCGGACAUUUAGUUAUUCUAAUCAAAAAACGAGAUAUCACCACGCUCCAUCACAAGGCGGUAUUUGUUUAAAUGCCCAUCAACGAUAUGCAUGUGCAAGGCUCUUGCGAAAUUUAAAAGUCUAUAGAGCAGCCUGCUCUCGUACCAACCAAGAUGAAAUAGACGAUUUUGUUCAGCAGGAGUUGGAUGCUGCGUUAUCAAUCAUUAAAGAACUGGUUGAAGUCAAGAGUGCUCAUGAGAACGAAUUAGAAAAAAUUCGUAAUGACUACAGCACGUUGUAUUCCUAUCACGAUAAUCUCAAGGCAGAUAAUGACGAUUUGCAAGUCAAUAGAGACACAUUGCGUGACGAGCGAGAUGGGUUGGUUGCUGCCAUUGAACAGUCGAAUGCCGAUUUAAAAAGAGCCAAAAUUGCUGCCACUCAAUCCGUGUCCGAAUUGACCGUAGCCAAGACACAGCUUGCUGAUCGCGAAACUUAUAUCCAGUCGCUGGAACGACAACUACAACUAUCUACAGAGGUUCGCGUUCCUUGUGAAUUGACUAGCUCUGUGGCUCCUGUAGAUAAUGCAGUCAGCGAUUCAGCUGCCGAUAUGACAGCCGCUCAACAUGUAAUUUGGUCCCUUCAACAGGAACUGCAGGUCCUUCAAAAUGCAUACGAAACCAUGAAACAGCAGUCUGAAACAACAGAAGCUCGUCAAAUUUCUAAAGCAUCAGAAUGUGAGCAACUUUCUCAGCUCGUGUCUGUGUAUGAGGAAGAACGGCUGCAAUAUGAGACCAGGAUAGCUGAAUUAACCGAGAUACAGACUACUUCUCAGUUAGCAUCUAUGGUUGAAACUACCGAAGUUGAUUCGCCAAUUCAGAUGCAACUAAAGGCAGAUUUGUUGAAAACACAGGGAGAGCUGGAAUUAGUAAAACAGCAACUUGAAACUACUAGGCAGGAACACCAUGAAUUCAAACUUAUGGAUGACGAAAUCAAAACGGCCGAAAAGAAGCGAUUCAUGACAGAAAAUACUGUGUUGAAGCAAGAAAAUAAUGGCUUAUCAGCGAUUAUAGAAAGCAUGAAGGUUUCUGAAGCGAAAUUAGUUCAUGAUAACCAAAUGCUAGAAGCCAAACAGACUGGAUUGCAAAAUGAAAUUUCUAAUCUUCGGGACAAAUCUAUAUGUACACUGCAAAAAGACUCCACUAUUGCUCAGCUCACUCGCGAUCUCAAAUCUACUCUAAAAGAAUUAGAUAUAGUAAAACAUCAACUUGAAGAACAUGAGACUGAGUACAAGAAAGAGGCAGAAAAAGAAAUCAAGUUACUAACUGAACACCAAGAAGAGCUCAAGUCACAGUUUUUGGAUGUCCUGUCCAAAGCGUCAGAUGCCUACUCUGCGUUAUCAUCAGCAGAUUUAGCUAUACAGCAGCAUCCUCUUUUGGGUCGUGUACUUGAUCGAUUGAGUGAAAUUGAACAUGAAGGGCUGUCACUAACCUGGUUGUAA